AUGAACCCGAAAGUCCGACAACUCUACAAGGACCUACUAUGGCUGGCGAAAAACUACCCAGGGGAUUACCCUAAGAUAAGGGAUAAGCUCCACGAUGGGUUCAUCAGGAAUGCCAGAGUGAGUUCUGGCGAAGAAUUGGAAAAGUGCUUGGAACAUGGGGAAUUUAUCGCUAAAGAGCUACAAAGUUUAUAUUUUCUGAGAACUUAUAGGGCUGUCAAGAGAAACUAUUAUGACUAA